AUGGGCCAGCAGAGGGCUCCUCGUCCUCCGCAACAAGAUGAAGAGCAACACAUUGUCCGUGACCUGCUCUGUCCUCCUCCUCCUCCUAGUACUUUGCCAGUGACAAGAAGUGGCAAUGGGCGACAGUGUCAAGAAGUGGCAGAGUGUGACAGUGCUCAAGUGGUGGCACAGUGUGACAGUGCUCAAGUGGUGGCACAGUGUGACAGUGCUCAAGUGGUGGCACAGUGUGACAGUGCUCAAGUGGUGGCACAGUGUGACAGUGCUCAAGUGGUGGCACAGUGUGACAGUGCUCAAGUGGUGGCACAGUGUGACAGUGCUCAAGUGGUGGCACAGUGUGACAGUGCUCAAGUGGUGGCACAGUGUGACAGUGCUGAAGUGGUGGCACAGUGUGACAGUGCUCAAGUGGUGGCACAGUGUGACAGUGCUCAAGUGGUGGCACAGUGUGACAGUGCUCAAGUGGUGGCACAGUGUGACAGUGCUCAAGUGGUGGCACAGUGUGACAGUGCUCAAGUGGUGGCACAGUGUGACAGUGCUGAAGUGGUGGCACAGUGUGACAGUGCUCAAGUGGUGGCACUGUGUGACAGUGCUCAAGUGGUGGCACAGUGUGACAGUGCUCAAGUGGUGGCACAGUGUGACAGUGCUCAAGUGGUGGCACAGUGUGACAGUGCUCAAGUGGUGGCACAGUGUGACAGUGCUCAAGUGGUGGCACAGUGUGACAGUGCUCAAGUGGUGGCACAGUGUGACAGUGCUCAAGUGGUGGCACAGUGUGACAGUGAUUAA